AUGGACAUCGACCUCAAUUCGAGCAUCGGCUUAUCAAGUUAUCCCGACGCAAAUUUAUCAUGGGCAAACGUGAAAACCCUUCCAGAGUUGGUCUGCGCAGUUAUUAUUUCAUUAUUGGGAAUCGUCGGUAACUCCGCAGCAUGUUUCGUUGUCUGGCGUAUGAACAAGUCCAAUUCCAACGUUCGUCUGCUGGUGAUCAACCAGUCGAUUGUCGAUCUAAUCGCAUCGUGUAUUUUCACCCUUUUUUACGUUGUUCCGCAAAUCCAAAUUACAUAUAAUGCCACAGCUGCCACCGUGUACUGCAAACUAUACUGGUCUGAGAUGUUGCAAUAUACUACUUGGAUAGCCUCGUCCACGAAUCUUACCCUGAUCGCCUUAGAUCGAUACUAUGCCGCCAUUCACCCGAUCAGAUACCAUAAUAAUCAACAGAAGAUUAAUUUUAAGCUUGUGUUUCUGUUUGAAUGGAUCUAUGCCAUCUGUUGUGAGCUGUACUGGCCGUUGACAAUGGAAUACAAGAAUGGCGGAUGCGAACCAGCGGAAAUCGUAUCAAGAAUUGGUCUGCUGAUCGUCGAAGUAUUCUUUAUGGUGAUAUUACCGCUGACAUGCAUGUCAUAUGCCUACAUCAAUAUAUAUCUCAUGUUUAAGAAAAAAGAGCGUCAAAUAACUGUUACAAACUCGGCGAACGAUGCUGUAACAGUAGCGCAAGGUUCAUCAUGGAGCAAAGCGAGCACAAAUAUCGUGAAAACGUUCAUCGUAGUCACUGUCUCCUUCGCAUUAUGUUGGCUUCCCCUCACUGUGUACAACUUUGUACACGUCUGUUCGGGAAUUGUGUCGUAUGAGGGCUUCAUUUAUAAUAUGUGUCUGGUUCUAGCGUGUUGCAACAUGUGUGUCAAUCCACUUAUUUAUUUGUUCAAGUACGAUCGAUUUAAACGUGAACUCAGACGAAUUUGUGAGUGCGGUGUACAAGAUACGUCAUCAAACCUGAGAACGACCCAAACUAUUCUAGAAGAAUCACAACUGUAG